CCAUUUUGUGACCGCCCGAGCGAGGACUGAGGAGAACUUCGUCGCUGCCGCUUCCGCCGCCGCCGCCGAGGGAAAAGGGGGUCUCGCCGCGCGCCCUUCGCCGCCCGCUCUCUCCCCCCACUCACCCCCCGGCCCCUGCCCCUCCUCCGCCGGCCAUGCCCUCCUCGCCGCUCCGGGUGGCUGUGGUCUGCUCCAGCAACCAAAACCGCAGCAUGGAGGCCCACAAUAUCCUCAGCAAACGUGGUUUCAGCGUUCGAUCCUUUGGUACUGGAACUCAUGUGAAGCUGCCAGGACCCGCUCCAGACAAGCCAAACGUUUAUGAUUUCAAAACGACAUACGAUCAGAUGUACAGUGAUCUCCUUAAGAAAGACAAAGAACUCUAUACACAGAAUGGGAUUUUGCACAUGUUGGACAGAAACAAGCGCAUCAAGCCUCGGCCGGAAAGAUUCCAGAACUGCAAAGACGUCUUUGAUCUCAUCUUGACAUGUGAAGAAAGAGUCUAUGAUCAAGUAGUAGAAGAUUUAAAUUCUAGAGAACAGGAGACGUGUCAGCCCGUACAUGUGAUAAAUGUAGACAUUCAGGAUAAUCACGAGGAGGCGACGCUGGGAGCUUUUCUUAUCUGCGAGCUAUGUCAAUGUAUACAGCACACGGAAGAUAUGGAAAAUGAAAUAGACGAGCUGUUACAAGAAUUCGAAGAGAAAAGUGGACGGACUUUUCUACACACGGUCUGCUUUUAUUGAAAGCCCGCCUGUCUCCUCCUCUAGGCCUUACUAUUGCAGACAAAAGAAGCAUGUGGUCAGGUUCUGAAUCGACUGGACUUUUGCCCUUCUCCUGGCAGAGUGACUUGACAGACUACUUUUUUUAUUGUUGCUGUUUAAAAAAAAUUUUCCCCCUCCUUCCUUGGUGUUUUUUUUUUUUUACUUUUUUGGGGGGGUGUUUCGAUAUUGAAACACAAAAACGAACUGUGUGUAUGAAAACAAGAAAUUAUUAUAAACAUAAAAGCUGCUUUAUUUAAGAGACGUAGAAAGAAUCAAGAUUUUUUUUUAACCUUUUCCCCAUUUUCUCCCCCUCCACUGUCCCUUCAAUAUCCUACUUUAACAGUUAUAAGUAGGGUUUUAAUUAUAAAGGUCAUAUUUCCCAAAUGGUAUCGUUUGUAUUUUCCAGCUUUAAAAGGUUUUAUUUUAGUUGUUUUGAAGAUUUAUUUUGUGGGUCAGGGAUGGGAAUACCUUUUUUUUUCUUUUAAUGGAAUGGACUGAAUGUCUGGGAUAUGCAAAGUAUGACUGGGAUAAAUAUCUGUAUAUUAUUAAGAAUGAAAUUGGAAGUCUCCAAUAAAUCCAAAAAGCUCAA